CCACGCCAGCCAUUCCAUGCACCGUUGCCCACGCCGAACGUUCCCGUACUAACGGCCUGCCUAUUUGGGCAAGUCGGGUUGUUGCUGUACUGUACAAACCGGCAGGGGUUUGCUUCUUCCCCUCCCUUGUUCCCUGUCAUGUCGUGGAUCAUCCUCCCCGCAGAUUGCUAUGUAACCAUCCUUCUUGAAUGACCAUCUUAUUAUAAACUAAUCCCCUCUAAUCCCCUCCGCACACUCUAAGGUUGACAGGUUGGAUAUCGAAUACUCGGAGAAUACGACAAGGCACAAUGUCUUCAAAACCUUUCAACGACGAUCCUGAGAAGGAUGGUGGUUAUGGUGCACCAUCCCCCAUGAGCGUGAACAGCGACGGCCAACCCGCAACCCUCCACGUCGAAGACCAACAAAAGGGUCCUAUGAUGAGUCGCUUAGUCGACAGUUUUAAACGCGACCCCAACGCCUCCAGCGGAGCCCGUACCUACAAGGCCGAGGACGGCGGUUUCGAUCAUGAGGGUGCCGCGCAGCGCACUGCCAACUCUGGCCUCGCUCGUAAGCUUAAGGGCAGACAUCUGCAAAUGAUUGCCAUCGGUGGUUCAAUUGGUACUGGUCUUUUUGUUACAUCUGGCGCUGCUCUUUCCAGGGGUGGUCCCGCAUCUCUGAUCAUUGCAUACGGAAUCAUUGGCAUAAUGUUGUUCUGCACCGUUCAGGCACUCGGCGAGAUGGCCGUUAUUUUCCCCGUGGCCGGAUCUUUCGCUGCGUAUUCCACACGGUUCAUUGAUCCUGCUUGGGGUUUCGCCAUGGGAUGGAACUAUGCCGUGCUGUGGUUGAUCGUUCUUCCGCUCGAAAUUGUCGCCGCGUCCAUUACUGUCUCUUUUUGGCCAGGAGCUGCCGAUACCAACUCUGCCGCAUGGGUCACCAUAUUCUUCGUAUUGAUCGUUUCCAUAAACUUAUUCGGCGUGCGAGGAUACGGCGAGGCUGAAUUCGUCUUCUCGAUUAUCAAGGUCAUCGCUGUUAUUGGCUUCAUCCUAUUGGGUAUAGUCCUCAACUGCGGUGGUGGCCCCGUUGGUGGCUAUAUUGGCGACAGGUACUGGAAGCCCAACGGCGUCCUACCAGACUACCAAGGAUAUAUCCAGAACCCCGACGCCGCACCCGGAUCAAUCGUUUCUGGUCCUUUCAACAAUGGAUUCAAGGGCCUUUGCAGCGUCUUUGUCACAGCUGCCUUCUCCUUCGCUGGUACUGAGCUUGUUGGUCUGGCCGCUGCUGAAUCUGACAACCCGCGCAAGACCCUCCCAACCGCUAUCAAGCAGGUGUUUUGGCGUAUCUUACUCUUCUACAUGGUCUCAUUGACCAUCGUGUCCCUCUUGGUUCCAUACGGAGACUCUAGACUCCUCGGCGCUGGUUCUACCGAUGCCAAGGCCUCACCUUUCGUCAUCGCCAUCGAAAACGCCUCAAUCUCCGUUCUGCCAUCGAUCAUGAACGUUGUAGUACUCAUUUCCGUUCUGUCCGUCGGUAAUUCUGCCGUGUAUGGCUCAUCCCGUACCCUGGCCGCUCUCGCAGAGCAAAACCAAGCGCCACGCAUCCUGGCAUACAUUGACCGGAAAGGACGCCCAAUAGUCUCCAUUGGGAUUGCAUCGGUUUUCGGUCUCCUCGGUUACGUCGUCGCUGGUGGACCGAAAACCUCCAGCACCGCUCUCAACUGGCUAUACUCCCUCGCUGGGCUCUCGUCCAUCUUUACAUGGGGUUCCAUUUGCCUAGCUCACAUUCGCUUCCGCGCUGGGUGGAAGAAGCAAGGCCAUUCCCUCGACGAGCUCGCAUUCCGCUCCCAAGUCGGCGUCUAUGGCUCCUGGGUCGGCUUUAUCCUCAACUGCCUUGUGCUCGUUGCUCAAUUCUGGACUGCCAUCUGGCCUAUUGGCUAUGGGAGCCUGACCUCCACUGAGAUAGCCGAGAGCUUCUUCUUAGCAUAUCUUGCGGCACCCGUGGUGUUGCUAUGCUACUUCCCUUAUAAGUUCUACUUUAAGACACCCUUCAUGCGCUCGCACAAUAUGGACUUGGUUACUGGUCGUCGUGAGCACGAUACUGCUGAGCUGAUCGAGGAAGAGAUGAUGGAGAAGCGGUCGUGGCCCAUGUGGAAGAGAGCGUACAAAUAUGUAUGUUAGGUUAGAUUCGUGCUUUAGCUUAAGUGUCGGAUAUUUUCAGAAUGGGACUAGAUAUUAGAUGAUUUUUAUUGAAUGCACCAAUUUGAAUUUAGUCAACGUCAACGUCAAAGAGGAUCUCAGCGCAGAGUUCAAG